CAGACUGAUCGCUCGUCCUUUUCUUGUGUUGUUCGACCGCAGUCAUCGUUGUGACCGAAAAAAAUCGCGUGUAUUUCGCUUUUUUGGCUCUUCUUGUGGUGCGUGCGUUUUUGAAUGUGGCUCAGCGAGUGAUUUCUGGAGUAGUUACAUAUUUGUGGCCGAUUGCAGGAAAACGGUCCAUGUGUGUUCCCUACGACCUCUGGCUUGAAUCCUUGCUAUUGUGUGCGGUUGAAUCAAUUUAUUUUGAGGUGCGUGAAAAGGUGUGUUUGGAAGAAGAUCAAAGGGCUGACGAAACGGAAGGCUAGUAGGUGGUGAUAGAAGAGAUCGAUAUUCGUCUAUGAAAGUCAUCGGACGGUUUUGUGUUGAAUCGAAUCUCGUUUCACCCGGAAAACUACUGAUUGCUGGCUUCUAUUAGUGGAUUCACUUAAUUCAAUCAGACACGAUUUAAUCACUAAAUCAACGCCAGUGUGAAUCCGAAAGCAUUAAUUGUCGAAAACACGUUGGGUGUAGAUCUGAGGAGCGAAGUGAAUCACCUUCUUAUUAGUGCUCAAAUAUGAACAAAACCGCCACCAACACACGUUUCCUGAUCUCACCCCGGAUACAAUACAUGGAGCAACCUCUUUGACCGGUUCGAGUCAAUCAAUCUGCACAGCAUUUGUAAAGCAAGCUACACACACACACACACUCAACAUCUACAAUACACCGUGUUUGAUUUCGUCUGGAGAUUUGAUGCCACAACCUAACUUCCAUUUGAUUUAAAAAAAAUCCCGAAGUGUACACGCACUUUUGAUUCCGUUUGCUUCCUUUUGCGUGGAGUUUUAUCGAUUAUCGAUUCUCUGUUUUUGGGUGGUGACUCUAAUCCUACAUUUACCAUCACCUGGGGCAUCUCUCCAGGCCCGUGUGGUUCCAAACAACAACACUCGCAACUUUUUCAACACCUUCCGGCAUUCACCGGUACUGAAUCUUCAAAUAGAGAAGAAGCGGCUCGCCCGACAUCUUGCUUUAUCCAACCUAAACCACACAUAAAAUGAUGGCUGUUUUUACCAAACUCUGCUUACCCGAUAUUGUGAAAUUAAAACGCUAGUUAGUAGAGCCUCUGUCCUUCCCUGUGUUCGAGGAGGUCAUCUCUAGAGUUUACUAAUUUUAUCGUUUUAGGUACAAUAUCGUCGGUUACAUUACACAGGUUUUACUUAAUUGUUAGAUUCCUUUUUUUUGCAAAACCAACUUUUUUAUUUAAUUCUCAUUAGAAGUACACUCGUAAGGGUUAAUAUAAGAAAUUGAUAAUUUUAAUAGCAAUUUUGGGAAAGCAUUCAUCAUUUUCGCGCUGCUGAAUUAUUUCAUAAUUCUAAACAUUUGAGUUUGCUAAUAUGCGUAGUAUUAACCAUCUAGAAAGUUAGUUGGAACCCCCUUAGAGAAAGUUAGAAGCGUUUACAUAGUAGAGCCGCUGUGACUUUUACUUAACGUUAACCUCUUUUUUUUCUGAUAGUCUGUACCAAGCAAUUAUUUAUUUCUACAUUCGGAAAAUCUCGCUAAGACUCCACUUAUUUCACCCACCACCACAACCCAUUCCUUCCUCUGUUUGCUAAGUAAACUCCAUCAAAAAAAAAAAAAAAGAAAAAAUGGAAGCAUUAAUGCCUGAGGUUUUGUGGCUCGUGAUACUGGGCUUUGUAAUUGCCUUCAUAUUGGCAUUUGGCAUCGGUGCGAAUGACGUUGCUAAUUCGUUCGGUACAAGCGUUGGAUCCGGAGUGUUGACGAUACGACAAGCUUGCUGGCUGGCGACCUUCUGCGAAGUGUCGGGAGCUGUUCUGAUAGGAUACAAAGUAUCGGACACGAUGCGGAAAGGCAUUCUAGACGUUGAAAUGUACAAAGGCACCGAGACGGAGCUCAUGUUGGGUUGUUUGUCAGCGUUGGCUAGUUCAGCACUGUGGCUCCUGGUGGCGACAUUCUUGAAGCUGCCCAUUUCCGGUACCCAUAGCAUUGUGGGUUCGACUAUCGGCUUCAGUUUGGUCGCUCGUGGAAUGCAAGGCCUCAAGUGGAAUACGCUUGGGACAAUCGUGGGCUCGUGGUUUAUUUCACCGGUGCUCAGCGGCAUGAUGAGUGUUUCGCUUUUCUGGCUGAUCCGCAGAUUCAUCUUGAACGCAAGGAAUCCCCUCAAAGCUGGCCUGCUGUCUCUACCAUUGUUUUACGGUGUCACACUCGCAGUGAACGUGUUCAGUAUCGUGCAUGAUGGACCAAAACUACUUUACAUGGAUAACAUCCCAACCUGGAUUGCAUUCGUUGCUAGUAUUUCGAUAGGUCUUCUGGUUGCAUUAUUGGUUCAGCUGUUUGUCGUCCCUUGUCAGAAGAAGAAGAUCGCCAAUCAAGACAAAACGACACGGACAGAGUUUACUGUCGGUGACUCAGACUGCGAUUCGUCCUCGAACGGAAGCCCACGCCGUCCAAAACGUCCCCUCUCGCUGGUUGGUGACGGGAAGACCCUUCCGGCUAUCACCGAAACGACUGAACUGGUUUCAUUAUCAUCCCAACAUCAGCACAAUGGACUCAUAAAGAAACUCUCGAUUGACCUGUCACCUAACGGGAUCAAAAGAAACGCCAAUCCCUACAAGAUCGAUCCGAAGAUUGUGCAGAAAGCGGAAAACCUGCUGGCUGCCAACAAAACGAGCCUGGACAAUACCGAUCUGACGAUAACGAGUCUCAACUACAUUGACGAAUAUCAAUCAUCGAUGAAUGGAAAUGGUCGCAUCGGUUUGAACUCAUACUUCGAUCGUCGCAAUAGCAAUAAUGUUUCACCGAAAUCGCCAGAUUCAGCCACGUUGAGCAAUGGAGUGAAAGAUCAAUCGACAGGAGCCCAGAAUGGAAAAUCGCCUACAAGCCCGAAGAGUGAUAGUACCCUACCCAUCGCCGACUAUACAUUGGCCCCGCCCAAUAUUAUCCUCAAUAGCACUGGAAAUGAUUUGAAGAAAAAUAUCGGAAAAAUUGAAAACGCCGCGGGAUUGGACCAUUCGUUGAUUAGUACGACGCUGUCACCAAACUCGAGUAAAGUUCCUUUGAUUGGUGGUAAGGAAGAGUCCGAGGAGGGUCCGCACAGUCGAGUGACCGAGGAGAACGAGGACGUCUCGGUGCUGUUUUCCUUCCUGCAGGUGCUGACGGCAACUUUCGGAAGUUUCGCCCACGGUGGCAAUGAUGUGAGCAAUGCUAUUGGACCGUUGAUUGCCCUGUUCAUGAUCUAUCGCGAGGGCUCGGUAUUACAAAAGUCUGAAACUCCGCUGGCGAUUCUGUUGUAUGGCGGCGUCGGCAUCUCCGUUGGAUUGUGGCUUUGGGGCCGCCGCGUGAUCGAAACGAUAGGCAACGAUCUGACAAAAAUCACUCCCUCGACUGGAUUCACCAUCGAAAUCGGAGCUGCCUUCACGGUGCUCCUUGCGUCCAAAAUUGGUCUACCAAUUUCCACCACCCACUGUAAGGUCGGCUCGGUUGUGUUCGUAGGUCAGGCCAGCGCCCCGAAGAAGCUCACGCCGGACGAGGAGAAAGCAAUGAAGCUGCGCAACCCCCACGAACACCAUCACUAUGCGACGGGACAGCAGAAAGCGGUCGAUUGGGGUCUGUUUCGGAAUAUUGUCUACGCGUGGGUCGUUACGGUGCCGGUGGCUGCGCUGCUCAGUGCUGGUUUUAUGUACGCACUGUGUGCAAUGGUGCUCUAAACAGUUGAAAACCAGAAAUUAGUAGGUCUUCUUACUUAAGAUAAAAGUUUUGCGAAAUGUUUACAAAGGAUAAAGUUAGUUGGUUUACAGACGGAGAAAAACGGCAUCAAUGCUAGGAGGAAAUCUUUAUUAUACAUCGUUGAUCGAGACUAAUCUGAUUUUUUAUCAUUUGUGCCGCAUGAAAUUGAAACAAUUGUUUGUAGAUUCGAAUAAUUAUUUUGCUCCGUUCAAAUUGUGUUUGGAAAAUUGUAAUUGUGAUUGAAUCAUUGCGGAAAUAGAUGAAACAAUGAUUAUGUUUUAAAUAUCCUAAAAAGGUAAUAACGACAGGAUAGAAAAAUAAAAAUUGUUGAACAGAGCUAUCAACCAAUUCAAAUGAGUACUGAACUUCAUAACGACUGAGUCUACCAAGACACUGUCAAUUUUGUAAUGUUUCAUAAAUACGUUAUAGGUUUCAUAUUUUUUCUGUACUGUUUUUGUAUUCUCCAUUCUCUUAUUAAAUCUUUCCAUUCGAAGUGCGGUUCGACAAUGCCAUUUUGAUUGAUACUACUUUUCGAUACGUGUAUUUUGAAAUUGCUGCCGAUGAGAUUUUUUUAGACCGCGGCAGCGUGGCUUAAUUAAACCGUAAAUUUGUCACUUGCCAAAAUGGACUUAACUAUAUAAAAAAACAAAAACUGUUGUUGCAUUGAAUGUUAACGUAUUGAGAUAAUUCGUGAGAAGUCACAGAGCGCGUGACAUGUUAGAAUUUUUGAAUAAUCCUUAUAGGACUAAAUGUGUACUUGAAAAUUUAUUGCUGACUGCUAAUCCGUUUCAGUUGCUUGAUUUUUUUUGAAACGGCUUUCUUAACGAUACGACGUUCGCAAAGCUUCCUCAAAUGACAACACAUUUGUUUCAUCGAUCUUCGUUUAAUUUUGACGACGUAGAAAUAGUUGAUCAAUAGUGAUAGCGUUUCGACUCUUUGGUUCCACUAAUAAUACAUGUACACAAAUUAGUUGAAAUCAUAAGUGUUUAGAAUAAAUACUUAUUUUUACCAUUGGGUAGAAUACGGUGUUCAGCAUGGAAACAAACAAAAAACGUAUCCUACCACAUUACGAUUCGAACCUAAUUCUAUUUGACAUAGCAGACAAGACAUCUGAAUAGAAAUCCUGAGGUAGCGCAGAAUCGUAAAAUUUAUAUUAGAAUUAUUAAUUACUUAUAUUACGAAUAGGGUGGCACUUGAAAUUAAAUAAAAAAGAGGACUUACAGAAAAAAAGAAUGUGUAACAAGAAGUAACAAGAAAAAAAUAUAAUGAGAAGACAAUUUCUCGCGAAAGAAAAAAAAAAGUCUCAGAAUAUGGGCGCGCGUGCUCAUGAAAACUUCUCUGCAGCGAAGUCCUACGAGAGACUAUUCUAUUUCCGAAAGUUGUGCAACUACAAAAAAAAUUAAACAAACAAAAGACUUAGAAAGGCUGUCUUCUUGUUACCUAAGGUCAUCUUUUAUUUCCGAACCAGAAACAGUAUGGAUGAAAAUAAUAGAACGGUAUAGUCCAAUAGUUAAAAAAAUGGUGUACUUAAGGUUGAUAUUCUCGUAACGCUGUUUUGUACUUGGAAGGAUUGCGUGAGUUCCGGUUCAGCUUUGAAGCAUUGAAGCGAUUAGAUAUGAACCCAAUGGCGAGUUCUAACCGUAUCCACUGUACUGUUCGAGUUAAUCAAUCGUAGUCUUGCUGUGACAACAUGUGGACGACGUAGAUUCCAGGAAUGAAAGAUGUAACCAAAAAAAAUGUAACGUUAGUAUCUAUAAGGCAAAUGAGGAACAAAAAUAAAUCCUUGGAAAUGAAA